CAACAAGGCAAUCUCACACACAAAACAUAAAUACCUAAACACAAUGCAUAAGAACUUCAAAAGUCUGCAAAACACUAACCCAUCCAAUAUGAAGAAGGCCAAAACCGCGGCUAAGGGAUUUCCCAUUCACCUUGGUUUUUAUAGGAACCCCAGCGAGUAUGACGAUCGCACGACCACCAAUCGCGAUUAUGGAUUGAAAAGUUCCAAGGGUUCUGGAACGCCAUUUCCGCAAAAACAAAAGAAAUUAGAUACGGCGGCACUAACGGCCAAGUUGGAGACGGAUAGUCUGCUCCGAUCUGAAUUAAGCGACUUAUCGAUUGUCAUCUCCGAAAGAAAGGCGUCCUCAGAACCACAAGUGGCAUCCAAUACUACAACCGAACCAACGUUUGAGAUGAGACGAAAGCUUUUUGACGAGGCCGAGUUCACCAUCUGCAAGGGUCACAAACUGAACCAGGACUUCCAUCAUAUAGUCGAAGAUGAAAAGCAUUUUAACAAAAGGCAGAGUGCCAAGGAUAACAUUCCCUAUAGCAAUUUCAUGGAUCUGAAGAACUUCUGCGACCAGAACAACAUAAAAUUUUCCAAGGGUUUUGACGGUUAGCGUUCUCCACUGUUGUCAUCGAAUUAGGAGCGGGAAUAAAGUGCAGGAGUCGGGAAUUCCAUCUUCGCAUCUCCAACAUCACCAUUUCCACCAUCUGUCCCUCUUGAAAGUGUCACUCACGGAGGAUAAAUGGUGCCAAGUGCAGCAGAAAAACCAGGAUGCUAGGUUUGUGAGGAGGCCCGACUGGGAGAUACCUGCUAUACACUUUUCCAACUGCAAAGAAUUACAUGGUACUCAAUUCAAUAAUUCAAUAAUAAAGGGUUCCUAUCUUAUACAUGUGCAAUAAACG